UUUCACCAAUUGUCAUUUCAACAUCGACCGAGUAGUGGGGCAAUAAAUUUUUAAAAAUAAAUAUUGCAAUAUUCAAGUUUGCAAUUAUCUCUCUAGUAGAUUAUUUCAUAUCGGAAUAGCGUACCGCAGUAAAUUACAAUGGCUUUUUAUUGCUGCGGCAGAUUAGGAAAUACCUCGCUGUUGGGCAAUUUGGCAAAGUUUCGCACCGCGUUGGGAAGUGCGACGUAUGCUCAAGCUGCGGCAGUUCCUAAGAUAACGUUUAAAAAAUUUGAACCACCAAAAGAGGAACAUCAUGAUAUUCGAAACGAACGUCUGAACAGGCCCUUGUCGCCCCAUCUCACUAUCUACAAGUUCCAGAUUACUAGUGUUCUGUCCAUCACGCACAGAACUGCAGGAAUAAUUUUAACUGGAUACGCAACAGCUCUCGGCCUAGGAGCUCUUGUACUGCCCCAUGACAUCUCCCAUUAUGUUACUAUGAUCGAAGGAUUAAAUCUGUCUCCGGCAACCAUCUUUUUAGCGAAAGCCUUAAUUGCGGCUCCUUUUGGCUAUCAUUUUGCGAAUGGUAUUAGACAUCUGUAUUGGGACACCGCUAAAGGUUUAACGAUCAAAGAGGUUUAUUCAACAGGCUAUGCUAUGUUAGGAGCGGCUGUAGCAAUCACUCUGUUCCUGGCCGCAUUAUAAUUAUGAAAGGACAGUAGGAUUAAUAGAAAUUUGUUGACUUUUUGGUAUUAUUAUUUAUUUUCAAUUUAAGCGAUGUAAUAAAUUUUAUUAAAUACACAUAA